UGAUGGUUCAAUGAGUAUUUUAUUAAAAAUAUAUUUAAUAAAUAAUUAGAAACAUAAUCAAUUACUGAAUUUAUGAAGUGUAUUAUUCUGUAUAAAUGGCAGAUAUUUCAUAUAAAUUAAAAACAAUUCAUAAUAAAAUUCUUGCAGCCUCAGCUGUACGGUCAUUGGAAGAUCAGUGUAUUCAACCACAUCUUAUAGCAGUAAGCAAACAUCAACCUAUCGAAGCAAUAAUUACUGCUUAUGAGGUUGGUCAAAGACAUUUUGGAGAAAAUUAUAUAAAUGAAUUAUCAAAAAAAGCUAAUAGUAAUAAAAUCUUGGAAAAAUGUUUAGAUAUUAAGUGGCAUUUAAUUGGACAUGUUCAAACCAAUAAUAUAAAUAAACUUUUAAAAGUUCCAAAUCUUGAUGUAAUUGAAACGGUUAAUUCUGAAAAAAUUGCAAUUGCACUUAAUAAUGCUUGGGAAAAGUUUCGAAAAAUUGAGAAUUCCAAAUUAAAAAUAAUGAUUCAAGUUAAUACUAGUAAAGAAUUAGCUAAAAGUGGUUGUGAUAUCAAUAAUGUAUCAUCUGUGGUUAAAUAUAUAUUAGAUAAAUGUCCUUGUUUACAAUUUUUAGGAUUGAUGACAAUUGGUAAAUUUGGUUAUGAUUUAUCUAAAGGACCAAAUCCAGAUUUUCUGACUUUAAAGAAAUGCAAAGAUAAAAUUUGUGAUGAAUUGAGUAUACAUCCAAGACAUGUUAAAUUGUCUAUGGGAAUGUCUGCAGAUUUUGAACAUGCUAUUGAAAUUGGUAGUUCUUAUAUAAGAGUUGGAACUGCUAUUUUUGGAGAAAGACCAGCAACUACUACAAACUAAAGAAGGCUAUUAUAGAAAAUGAAAAUAUUUUUAAAAUAAAUUACUAUAAAGGCAUAUGUGUACCAAU